UUUUUCUUCAGAAUUUGUCUGGAACAAGAACUCAUUUUUGGCUCUCUUUUAGACCGGCUCAUUCUUCUCACGCUGCGGCUCGCACGUGAUCAGAAAAAGAAAACUGUACCUCUGAUUUUCUUUUUAAGCCGCACUUGUGACGGCAACAUCCGAGCGUCUAAAUGGCACGAUGAAUUGCUCUUUCAUUUGUCUUGCCGGGAAGUUACGGCAGAGGGUGCUGCUGCUGAUGAGGAUGAUGAUGAUGAUGAUGAGGAGGAGGAGGAGGUUGUGAAGUCGCGGUUACGAGGCUACAGAGCCUCCAGUCUCUGA